AUGUUUGUAAUUGUAAAGUGGAUAAUAAGUGCGAUAAUUGUUCUGGAGGUUCAAGCGAGCUGGAAAUUACAAGUUCAAAGUCACAAACCAACAACUCGAGUGAAAAACUAUCAAAAAUUUCCUCUGUUCAUAAACGAACACCCCAAAAAUAAUAUCGAGCAUCGUUCGUAUCCGUACGCGGUUCCUUAUUCUUCGCGCCCUCUCUACCGAUUGGCUGGAAAACCUUAUGGAUUUUUGAGGAAGCGCAGACCGGGAAUCCCCGCGGUUUUUCUCAGGCCGCCGCAAAUAAAGAAAAAUCGGAAUAGAGGUUUUAAGUCUACCAAACAGAAAAGGCCUCAAAAACCCAGAGAUUCUCCUAAAGAGAAUUUCAGUGAAGAUAAUUCAAAAGAAGAAGAAUAUAUCAGAGAUCAUGAUCCAGCUCAGCAGACAAUUGAAGAGGUUAAAGAUGAUACUGCUGAGUAUGAUGAUAGUGAUAAUUAUAUAGAAGAAAAGUUGAAAGGGUCUGAUGAAGAUAGAGUUGAUUUUCAUGUUCAUGGGCAUCAGGGACCGGAUUCUUAUAUUUUUGGCUUUGAUACGGGAAAAGGGUAA